AUGACGGCUGUUACGAAAAGAAAAAUAAGAGCCAGCUGUUCCGUCUUAGAUAGUUACUAUUUAGUUAGAAAAGAUAAAACGACCAGUGUUUGUUCAAAACUUGUAUUUUUGAUGCAUAUCAAUCGUGUUCGAAUGUUGUAUAAAACAAUUCUCAAACUUCACAGAGGAUUGCCAGCGGAAUUGCAUUUACUCGGAGAUCAAUACGUAAAAGAUGAAUUUCGGCGACACAAAUCAUGUUCAGUCGAAGAAGCAAACCUUUUCAUGAAAGAGUGGACGGAUUAUGCUGUUACCUUAGCAAACCAGUUGCAUUUCAAAGGAAAACCAACACCAAUAGAAUAUCUUGGAAAAAAUUUGGAUAUUAGUAAUCUAGAUAACUUCAACGAACAACAAAUUUCUCAAUUGUACGAGUUACUGUUAGCUUCUACAGGUGUCAACAAUAAUCUAAAAUAAUAUGCAUAUGCGUCUCAGAUAAACAUAUAUUCUACAAACUUAAGUAUUCAAAAUGAUAUGUAUUAAAGGAAUGUUUUUAGAAUUAUUCAA